AUGAACCUAACGAGGCAGAGAUCUAUCCGAAACCCGGACGACUUUCCCACGCUGCAGCUCUUCCUGCUUGCCAUCGUUCGCCUUGCAGAGCCUAUCGCCCUCACCUCCGUCUUUCCCUAUGCCUGGCAGCUCGUCAAGAGGUUCAAGGUUGGCAACGAGGAAGAUGCAUCCACCUACUCUGGCCUGCUCAUCUCGUCCUUCGCCCUCGCGGAGGCCGUGAUGGGCAUGUACUGGGGUGGUGUCUCUGACCGCAUCGGACGCAAACCGGUCCUCCUCUUCGGAUGUGUUGGCACCAUGAUCAGCAUGCUGGUUCUAGGUUUCGCCCCCAAUAUCUGGGUGGCUCUGUUGGGACGUAUAGUGGGCGGGGCUCUGAAUGGUAAUAUUGGUGUCAUCCAGACCAUGGUUGGCGAGCUCGUGAAGAAACCUGAACAUGAACCGUGUGCGUACUCCAUUAUGCCCUUUGUCUGGUCUGUGGGUACCAUCGUGGGCCCUUGCAUCGGAGGCACCUUCGCAGACCCUCAUGAGACCUGGCCGAGCGUCUUCCCACGGGAUUGUUUGUUUGACAGGUUUCCGUACCUCCUCCCAAACCUGAUUUGCGCUGCACUGCUCUUGGUCAGCAUCGUUGCCGGUUAUGUAUUGCUAGAAGAGACGCAUUCAGACAUCAACCCAUGUGUUGUCCUCGAGGUCGACGCGUUCACGUCUGAGGAGACGCCGCUGAGAGAGACCUCUGAUGCCAUCAAGCGUCCUGCCGUCGACAUCCGCGCUCCGGCUUACGGUACGUUCCGGAGCCAGAACACAGAGGCGGCAAACGUGUCUGAGGAACCGGAGAAACCCAUCACGUACAACAUUUUCUCCGACAAGCGGAUCAUGGCCCUUGUCAUCAGUCUGUCUAUUUAUGCUUACCACGCGAUGUGCUACGAUCAUCUCCUACCCAUUUUCCUGGAAGACGAGAGAGUGUCGCUGUCUGAGCUGGGCUCCCGCCUCGACUUUCUCUACUUUCCUGGCGGUCUGGGUCUUUCCAUGAAUGCCGUCGGGGUUAUUAUGGCCUUUAACGGUGUCAUUGCACUUUUCAUCCAGGCCAUCAUCUUCCCCAUCGCCGCCGAAAAGAUUGGAGUCUUCCGGCUGUUUGUCAUUGUUACCGUUCUCCAUCCCAUCGCCUGUCUCUUGAUGCCCUUCCUUAUCUGGGUGCCCGAGUCUCUCCUUUAUCCUACUCUCUAUGUCUUCUUGGCCGUUCGGGAUAUUUUCUCCAUCAUUGUCUACCCGCUCCUCCUCAUCCUCCUCAAGGAGGCGACGCCCAGCUCCGGCAUGCUGGGCAAGGUCAAUGGCUUCGCUGCCAGUGCUGGUGCGGCGUGCCGGAUGAUAGCCCCUCCUGUGGCAGGCUUCCUGUACACUGUCGGCAGCAGGGUGGACUGUACCGCGCUGGCGUGGUGGGGGAGCGCUCUUGUUGCAGUUGUUGGGUCUAUUCAAUGCUUUUCGGUCGAGCGUACCAAAGCCGGAAAGAUCCAGCAGCACACCGUAACUGUCACGGCUCUGGGUGUUGACGAAGAAGAGGAAGAAGACUAGGUACAUCCAGCUGCAGCUGAAGGUGGGGCAGUGAUGAGGACGGAUAGAGUGUCACGCUGUGGUCAAAAUGAGGUGGAAGUGCAGCUCAUGUGCUUGAUGACUUGACGAGACACGAGUAUCGGAAAGAGAUGGGAGAAGUCAAGUCAUAAAGAUGCACUAAAAAGGUAUUAUGAGGCGGUUCUUCCCUAUUACUUUUACUCUUUUUCUUCUUUUGGACGGGUUUUGGAGUUCGGUUGGUAGCGUCAAGCGUUCAGAUAGUCUCAUUAGCACUGGUGUUUUGGUUUGUUUUCGGAAAAGGGAAAGGAAAAAGAAAAAAAAAUUGAAUGAAAGGUAGUUCUUGUUAAAGUAAUUGAUGGGAUAUAAAAUCAUAGCACGCACUUCUUUC